CACAGACUUCCUUCCUUCUUCCUUCUUCCAUUCAGAUCCCUCCUCCACUCUUCUUCUCCCCUAGCACGAAAAGGAACAGCGACAGGCAAGGCUUGCAUACAAGUUGCAUGGACAAGGCCCAUCUGGGGGGUGGCGGAGGAGGCCUGCUAGCUCUCGACGCGUCGCCGCGCCCGCUCGCCUUCCUCAACCUGCUCGCGCCGCCGCCGUUCCACAGAGCGUCGACCAUGGAGGCGGACGACGGAAGGGGGCGGAGGUCCCUCGAGGUGGACUUCUUCUCCGACGAGAAGAAGAACAUCAACAGCACCCGGGUCUCGGCCCACGCCAUGGGGGGCCUCGGCCUCGGCCUCUCCAUCAAGAAGGAGGACCUCACCAUUAACCUCCUUCCUGCGAACAACGCCAGGAGCGACCGGUCGGUGGUGGCCGACGACGACGCGGCGUCCCGGCCCGACAAGGACAAGAGCAGCAACACCGGCGAGCAGAAGCAGCAGCUGGCGGCCAUGCAGGCGGAGCUGGGCCGCAUGAACGAGGAGAACCAGCGGCUGCGGGGGAUGCUCACCCAGGUCACCACCAGCUACCAGGCGCUCCAGAUGCACCUCGUCGCGCUCAUGCAGCAAAAGGCCGGCCAGCUGCUGCCUCCCGGCCAGACGUCCCAGCCACCUCCGACGACCCACCACCAGCUGGAUGGGAAGGCCGUCGCGCCCAGGCAAUUCCUCGAUCUGGGCCACUCCGGCGAGGCGGCAGAGGAGCCGUCGAACUCGUCGACGGAGGUGGGCAGCCCGUCCACCGGCAAGGACCAGGAACGCGGCGAGAGCCCGUCCACGGCGGGGUGGUUGGCUGAAGGACGCGGCGCGACGAGCCAGCAGCAGCAGCAGCAGCAGCUGGGCCUGCAGGCGGCCAAGGUCCACGACCAGCAAGCGCAGGAGGCCACCAUGAGGAAGGCUCGCGUCUCCGUCCGCGCGCGAUCCGAAGCUCCAAUCAUCGCUGAUGGGUGCCAAUGGAGGAAGUACGGGCAGAAGAUGGCCAAGGGGAACCCGUGCCCACGUGCCUACUACCGGUGCACCAUGGCCAACGGCUGCCCCGUGCGCAAGCAGGUGCAACGAUGCGCCGACGACCGCUCCAUCCUCAUCACCACGUACGAGGGCACCCACAACCACCCGCUCCCGCCGGCAGCGAUGGCCAUGGCCUCCACCACGUGCGCCGCGGCCUCCAUGCUGCUCUCGGGCUCCAUGCCCGGCGCGGACGGCGCGGGCCUCAUGAGCUCCAACUUCCUGGCGCGCACCGUGCUGCCCUGCUCCUCCAGCAUGGCCACCAUCUCGGCCUCCGCGCCCUUCCCCACCGUCACGCUCGACCUCACCCAUGGCCCGCCCAACGCCGCCCGCCCGCCCGAGCCGGUGCAAUUUCACGUUGCCGGGCCGCCGCAGGCGCUGUACAACCAGUCCAAGUUCUCCGGCCUGCAGAUGUCAUCCGACAACCUAGCACCUGACGCUGCGCCGAGGCCGCCUAUCGGCCUGACAGACAGUGCUGUCAGCGCAGCAGCGGCCGCGAUCACUGCUGACCCCAACUUCACGGUGGCGCUGGCGGCAGCCAUCACGUCCAUUAUAGGAGGAGGCCAGCACGCAGGCGGCAGCAACAACAGCAACGCCAACAUCACGAGCAGCAGCAACAACACCAACAGUGAAACCCAGUGAAUCAUACAUACAUAUUCAUAUUCUCUUCAGAUCAAUAGAGUAGGGAGGGAUUCUUGAUAUAUGUAGAUGGUUCAAUUUGCAGCAGCAGCUAGCAAAAAGAUGUAUUAAUUCAUCAUUGCCUUUGCCUA